AUGACUGCCUGUAUCGUUGUCUCCGUGGCCUCUUUUGUCUCUGUCAUCGACGUGAAGCCCAACGUCAGCAUCCCCGCUGCAUUUACCAAAAUCUACCAGGGUGGCAAGUCUGUCACAAAGUCCAAGGGCAAAAAGACUUCCUCUGCCUCAAAACACUUCAUUCACCACCAUGCCGUCAAGGAUUUUCGAACCUCUAUCCCCGCUCCCGCCUACAAGGCUCACCACUACAAGGGGUCUACCAAGGUGACCGUCACCGCAGUCUCCCAAAAGUGGGCUGCCGGUCAUGGCCACGGCACCACCAAGGUGCUCCUCUACCGCACCCCAGCGGAAGAGGUUAAUCUCUCCCCCACCUCAACCUCUACCGGCCCCAAGGCCAACUACAAGGGUACCCACCUUGGUGGUACCCGCGUCUGUCUCACCCCCACCCAGUGCGCUACCUCUCACCUCGGCGGUACCAAGGUCCGCCUCUCCCUUGCUCCCAUUUCUGGAGCCUGCCCCCCAGCCAUCUCCCAGGUGGUGCCAACCAUUUUCUUCGCCCCUCCCGCUCCUCCCGCGACCGUUGACUGGACCGCCAGCCACCUCGGCGGUACCAAGGUGCUGCUUCAGCGCCCAGGCCCACCCAUGGUCAAGGCCGAGGAUAAGAUGGAAGAGAAGCCCUUCGCCCAUGCUACACAGGCUCCCAAGCGAUGGGCUGCGUCCCACGUCGGCGGUUCCAGGCUUCGCCUCUCCCGCACUGCUCUUUGA